UUAAAAAAAUAUUUUUAAUUAAUGGGUAAAAAAUUAUUUAUUUUUUUGUUGUAUUUUUAAUAAAGUUUGAGAAAAUAAACUGAAAUUUUACUAAUACUUCUCUUCGAAUUGGAAGUUUCUGCAAAGAACUUGUAUUACUUUCCCUUUAUUUUUUUUUUAAGAAAAACAUUUUCACGUCUAAGGAGGCUGACUUCCUUCACUGGUCAUACGUUGAUGUUAGGACUAUAUUUAGACGAAAUCGGACGGAGUGUGCUUCAUCGUCUCUUAUUCUUUGUGUAGUUGCUUGUGCCUCGUCUUGUUGUCGUAGUUCGAAUUUCUACGUUUUUAACGCUUCCCUCGUUAUAUCUGCAGGAAUGGAAACAUGUUUUGAACCUUGAUUUGUCAUUGUGAUAAUGGUGAGAGUUAUAUAUUAAGGUAAAUCGGAGAGAAAGAAAGAGUAUUGCGUUUAUAAAGGUCAAAAUUGAUUUAUGGCCAAUUGGAAAAAUUCCAAAAAUUAGGGAAAAUUUGUUAUACUUAUGCUAGAAAGGCUAAAAUUUUAAUUUAAAUUAUUAUUUUGUUUUAUAAUCAUAUAUUUUAAAUAUAUAUAUUACUUAUAGAGAUUGUGCUAUGUUUCAAUUAAGAAUUUGUUCUGUUGCCAUUCUACAAAUUAAUUAAGAGAUAUGGCCGAAGACAACUUUUCUGUUGUAGUUGAUUCGGAUUUUGUGCACAACAUUACGUCUCCUGUGGUUUUUGCAGAGGAAUAUCAUCCUUCCCCACUGAUGGAACUAAUAGAUGACGAUGAGGAUGAAUGUAAUGAUAAUGAAGAAUGUGUGGAUAUUGAUGAUGAUGAUGAUGACAACGACGAUGAAUUAUCACCAGAAAAUGAAAUUGCAGUCACUUCUGAUGAAUUUGAAUGGAUUCAGUCAAAGUUUGAUUCAAAAACUGAAAAGCAAAUAAAUUCUGAUUUAUCCAUUAGAAAUUUUGGAAAUGAAAAAAGUCCAUCCAUUUUAAGUAAUAAAAAUGAAGUUGCUAUCUCUGCUACUAAAAUAGAUAGCUAUAAACAAGUUCGUAAUGACUCUUCAACAGAACAAGCUGAAAAAGACAAGCAGUCAAAUCCUAAUAAUAAUUUUAAAAAUUACAAAUCUGAUAUAAAACACGAAGGAGUAUUCGUUCCUUCAAGCUCAGAAGAUAAAUAUAAUUCCCAAUUUUUGAAUCAGAAUAAACCAAUGGCAUGCUAUCAUAAUUGUCAUCAUAACUGUAUUCCAAAUUGCUGUACCGUUUCUUCUAGAAAUGUUUUUUGUCAACAUGAAAUGGAUAUUUCACCUUUUGAUAAAAAUUUUUAUCAUGAUUUUUCACAUUCUAGAAUUAGUCACCAUUUCUGCAAUUGGUAUCUCACUCACGUACCAAGCAGAUUUCACUGUUGGCAUAAUCAAACCAAUAUUAUUCGUUCACAAUCUAUAAGCGAUAGAGGGGCUUGCUCAUCUUCGCUAUCUCCUUACGAAACUUUCCCACGAACGUUGAGAAGUAGCUGCAAUCACGAUCUUGACGUAGAGUCUAAUGAAUGCUUUUUUACUGAUUUUCAACAUCCGCUGGAUGCUGAUAUGAAGAAAAAUAAUAAGGUUGGAGGGUUUGGACAAGAUUUUGAAGAUACACAAGAAAAACUCCAUCAUUUAGAAACUGAAAAAGAAAAUUUACAUCUUCAGGUAUUUUAA